CUCAAGGACGGGGAGUUCGUGCUCACUGAGAGCCAUGCCAUCAUGCUUUACCUUGCGGACAAGCACGACUGGGAGUCCUGGUGCCCUAAGGACCUCAAGAUCCGCGCUCGUAUCCACGAGUACACGAACUGGCACCACCUCAACACGCGCCGUAGCUCGGAGAUCUUCUUCAACCAGCUAAUGGUGAACAUCGGUCGUGGCACGCCUGCCAUGGAGGCCAUGCUCCAGAAGAAGCACAAGAUCAUCGCCGACAUGUUCCGCAUCCUGGAGUUCUGGUUGCGUCACGGCAACUUGUACCUCGUAAGCAACACUAAGCCCACGGUCGUGGACCUGUCUUGCUACAACGAAGUGGUGCAGCUCGAGGUCAUGGGACUGCUCACCAACGUGGAGAAGGACUUCCCCAAGGUCGCGGCCUGGCUCAAGCGCAUGAAGGACGUCCCGCACCACGACGAGAUGCUGGCGCCCAUGGGCAAGUUCUUCCGCAAGUUCAAGCUGGCAGCGCACAAGCUGUGAGCUGCUCACAUUUCGUGAAAAUGUAUCGAACUUGUGAUUGGCCAAAAAUGUAGUGAGGAACUUUCAUCCAAUGAAAUUACGUUAAAUCUCACAAUAAACGUCGCUUUUGCGCUGCUG